AUGACCAAUCGUCACCUAGAAAAUCCCAGGCUUAAAGUUCGACGCGUCGUGUGAGUUAAGGAUCCUUUUGAGUUUGUUUCUUUUUCAUACAAUUGGAAAGGUGGUGAUCUGUCGUGAAAAAUUGGCGAAGCAAGGUUCCAUCGUUCGAAAUAAAACGAAAAUUGAGGAUAAUAAAAUUCUGAGGAGGCUAAAAAUGAGAGAAGAAAGAGUAGAAGAACAUUUGCAUUUGUGAGAAAAUCGAGCUUGAAAACUUUGACGAAUUUAUCUGAUCCUAGUUAAACAGAAAUAAAUAAUCGUUAUUCUAAUUUCAAUUAUUCUUCUAAUUAGGAUAUAUUGAGAAUAAUAAAUUGAGAAUGAAGUUCUUUUUUAAAGAAAAAGUCAACUUUGAAAAUUGAGAAAUGCUUCAUUCUAUAUUUCCGACUUAAUUUCACAUUUAUAUUUCUGUGUAGUUAGGAAUUAUGCAAAUUCACCUACUUGCCAAGUUUUGACAUUAUUCUAUAUUUCUAACUUACUUUUACGCAAGAAAUCUUUUGUUUGCCCGCUGUGCCAUAAUUUCGAAAUCACUCUUUAUCCGUCUAUCAUACAAUUUCCGUAACUAUUCCAAAUUAAACUCAGACAUUUUAGUAACAGAUAUGUUCGCUCGCUAAAUCGAAAUUUCGCUUUCUACGUGAUAGAGAAGAGGAUAACGACGAUGUAGUGACGAUCAUCGACGCAGAAACGAGUAUGGUGAAAGAAUUCUACGGAGAAUUCUACGUCAGUGAGAUAGUUCGCCAUCCUGACAAUUGUCGACGAUUGAUCGUUUCCGAGGAUGACGAAGGUUUGGCCACUGGUGUGAUGUUUCUGAACAGCAAUAUCGACGUGGAUACACUGAAUGAGAAUUUCGAGCUAGUACCGUACAACGGUCUCAGAAAACCUCACGAAAUGGACAAAUUUCCCGGAGAAAUCAUGCAACCUGCCAGCGAAAUUUUCUUUUCCAUUUUCUCGAGAACACCUCGUGACGAACCCACGAAAGAGUUAGUACUUUUGGUACCUUAG